AUAUAUAUUUUUCUAUACGUUUUGUAUAAUGUAUUUUCUUUUGGGCAUUCCUCUUUCUUCUGAUUGGACACAGUUUUGUAUGACGUAGUUUAUGCAACUUAUUUCACUUUGUAUUGAGCUCUUUACUCAUUGGUUAAGACUCUGUGAGAUGUAAUGCAUUUUAAUUGGUCGACAACCCUUUAAAAGCAUUGUACCAAUGGGAGACCUGCAGCCUACGAGUAAGUGCCCAUUCAGGCAUGAAACGCGUUAGGCUUGUGUCCUAAUGUCCUAAUAAGUCUUUUUAACUUAUCAAGACUUGAGCUACUGCUUUACUAGUAAAUGGGACUCACCUCACUUUGAAUCCUGCAUAUUGAAACCCUUGGACUGGGGGUUGUCCUGGUGGGGGACUAUUUUAUAAUUUAUAAUUCUCUUUCUUUUCAUUUUGAACUUUUUUGAUUUAAGGACAGAGCCACACACCAUUGCUUGCAGGUUUAUUUAGCAAACAAAUUCACCUUCCAUGUGACAAUUCUUCAGUCCGGACACUGGAGGGUGCUGCCCAUUGUGACCCUCAGCAGAUCAGUUAAUCCCUUUGUUGCUGGGAGUUCAUCCUGCCCCCUGGUGUCCUAUAGAGGGAACUGCUCUUGGCUGGAAAAUACAAGGGCACUGGCCCCAAGUCACCCGCAGAUGCCAGAGUGUGGCUGUAAUGCAUCUGCUCAAUUAGAAGAGGGCAAGAUUCACUAAAGGGGUUGUUGUCAUUUCGGUGCAAACCAAUAAAAUUUGACUUUUGAAUCCCACAAGUAGUCAUACAAGGGAUAUAAAGGGUGACAUGCCAACACCAUCACACACAUUCCAUGGGAAUUGAGGUGUCACUGUCCUUGGUGUUAACACUCACCAUGGAGUUAGGGCUGCUUCUGGGAAAACAUAGAUAGGGGGACAUCCCUGCUUCUCUGUUUGAGGGAUGAGUUCUCCCCCCAGUUGGAAAUAUCUUCUUCCCUUGUUGAAAAUGGCAGAAGGAGUGCAAGACCUAGCCCCUCAGUGGUUUCCCUCCCUCUCUCAACCACCUCUGGCAAUGUUCCGAAAUUCAUGACACCGGAGAGAUUGGCAGGUCGGGUGCAGGUUUAUGGCAGGCCAGGUUACUUCAAGGUUCUAAGGUGGUGAAAUGUGUUCCUUCAAGGUUCUAAGGUGGUGAAUUGGGUUUCUUCAAGGUUCUAUGGUAGUGAAUUGGGUUCCUUCAAGGUACUAAGGUGGUGAAUUGGGUUCUUUCAAUGUUCUAUGGUGGUGAAUUGGGUUCCUUCAAGGUUCUAUGGUGGUAAAUUUGGGUUCCUUCAAGGUUCUAUGGUGGUGAAUUGGGUUCCUUCAAGGUUCUAUGGUGGUGAAUUGGGUUCUUUCAAGGUUCUAUGGUGGUGAAUUGGGUUCCUUCAAGGUUCUAUGGUGGUGAAUUUGGGUUCCUUCAAGGUUCUAUGGUGGUGAAUUGGGUUCCUUCAAGGUUCUAUGGUGGUGAAUUGGGUUACUUCAAGGUUCUAUGGUGGUGAAUUGUGUUCCUUCAAGGUUCUAUGGGGGUGUAUUUGGGUUCCUUCAAGGUUCUAUGGUGGUGAAUUGGGUUCCUUCAAGGUUCUAUGGUGGUGACUUGGGGUCCAAUGUGAUCGGCAGAAAGAAGCGGCACUUGUUUAUUUCAGUUUUAGCCUAUGGGUAACGUACAAAAUUUUUUUUUACAUUUAACCCACACCUUAGUAUCCGAGGAAACAAAAGGUGCCGUGUGUGUGGCCCUUGUAGGGCCCCUCCCUGAGCUUCAGCAAAGGCACUCGGGGACUUUCCAGUGAGAAAUAACUUCAUUCCAAUUCAUUGUCUCUUCUCAACACCAAGACAAGACAAUUUUUCUUUACUCUUUUGCUUCAUUGUCUGGAGUUUCUGCUCCACCCCAAUCUGCUAGAAUGUGCUAGGAAUGGGCGGGGCUUGCCAAAUAUCCCGACCUCUCCGUACAGGUUCCCUUUAUAUAAUGACUAGAGAUCUCAGAGACGUUACAGAAGUUACAUGGAUGAGACUAUAGUGAGCACCCAUUAUGGAGAUGCCGCACCAUGCAGGGACUGGUAGUACCCAUCCUUCAAUGGCUGAACUCUAGAUUGUAAGAUCCUGACUAAAAGUUGUUAAAAAAUGAACACUGCUCAACAGAAUGGAAUACUGGCAUUAUGGUGUUUCCUGGUGCUUGGGUUAGUAAGAGAGAGCUGGUGCCAGACCCCAUGCCUGGUGGAUGAGAGCCAGCGGUAUGUCUCUUGCAGUGGCCUGAAUCUUGUUGAGAUCCCAAAAAGUCUUCCUACCACCCUUGAAGAUCUGGAUCUGUCUUUCAAUAGACUUUUCCAGAUAAAAUCAGCUGAUUUUUCCACCUUUACCAACCUCCGAGCCUUAAAUCUGAGCUACAAUGAAAUAUCCAGCAUAGAAAACAGUUCUUUCAACUCAAAUACUCGUCUGAGGUCUCUCACCCUGUUUAACAACAGCCUAAUGGAGAUGCCUUCAACCUUGUUGGAACCAUUGCUCCACCUGGAGUUCCUUGACAUGUCCAACAAUUUCUAUAAUGAGUCUACUUUGGGGGAAGUCUUCAAAACGUUGGUCAAUUUACAAAUAUUGUCCAUUGGAGGCCCACUAAUAAGUAAAGUCCAAAAGGAUGACUUUGUCCCUUUACAGAACAUCAGCCUUCAAAAAUUUGCACUGAAGACCAUGUCCAGCCUUUUGGUUUAUGAAGAGGGGGCAUUUUCGUUGCUCAACACCCGGGUUUUAUGGAUUGAUAUUGCUCUGGAUAACAACGCACAAGCUCUUCCUCCGAUGUUAAAGGACUUGGCAGGAAAAUCAUUCACCAGCCUCCGGUUCCGUAACUUGUUCGAGACCAAUUACUACACAGGUGCAGUGGAUAUAUUCUCAUGGCUUGCGUACAUUAAUACUACAGAGUUAGUCUUUUACCGGGGGAAGUUUAAUGAGAACUUGUUGAUGCUGAUCUUGGUGAAUAUUCAAAAGUCGAGAAUCCUAGACCUCUCGCUUUUGUCGGUCGACUUUUCUCGUUCUCAGAGCGCCAACAAGACCAAUGUAAGCAUCGACGACCUUUAUUUGCGAACCCUCUUAGUGAAAGAUGUCACAAACCCUGAUAUCUUGAGAUUUGAUUGGACGUUUACUUGGUUCAGUAAGGUGAACAACCUGAGCAUCAUCAAUGUCAACUUCAAUUUUGUCCCCUGUGAUGCCUGGGAUGAAAUGUGCAAUUUAAAAAAGUUGGACAUGUCAUGUGAUAAACUUGUGGAUGCCUAUCUGUACAAUCCAAAGUGUCACAAUGUUGUGUUGCCCAAGAUUGAAACCUACAUACUCGCAAAUAACAAUCUUCAAAGCCUUCAUUUGCUUUCUUUAUUGACAGCCAAGUGGCCCAGGUUGGCCACUCUUGAUCUUAGGUCUAAUUCCCUAGGAUCCUAUAAUGAGACAUGUACAUGGACUCCUAGCAUAACAACAGUAAUACUGAAGGACAAUGUUCUCAACGUCUAUGUGUUCCAGUGCUUGCCGACCACCGUAGAGUUCCUGGAUUUAUCCCAUUCCCAGCUGGAACGGUUAGACAUGGACUACUUCAACAAAGCUACAAACCUCAAGGAACUGAUUCUCAGCCAGAACAAAAUUAAAUUCAUAUCCAGUGACUGGAAGUGCCCAAACCUUCAGGUUCUUGCUCUGGAGGACAACUCUUUUGGGGUGAUAGAUAAGGGGUCUUUCAAAGACCUGCCCAAGCUCAGAAACUUGACAGCUGGAGAUAAUCCAUAUCAUUGCACCUGUGACCUUUAUGCAUUUUUUAGUGACAUCCAAGAGGAAAGUAGAAUCGUGCUUUUUGAUUGGCCAGAAGCGUAUUAUUGCUAUCACCCGCCGGAGCUUCUUGACACCAAAGUUGCAUUUUACACCCCUGGGAGGGUACAGUGUGAUGUGAGACUGGUGGUGGCUAUAUCAGUGUCAACCACAGCUGUGGUGGUCAUCAUCACCAUGUUACUCUGCUGGAGGUUUGAUGUUCCCUGGUAUGUUCAAACUCUAUUUGCCAUAGUCCAGUCCAGAUACCGUUCUAAAAAUACGGGUGAAAUCAAGGAAUAUCUUUAUCACGCCUUUGUCUCCUACAGCCACUCUGAUGCCGACUGGGUGAGAGGGGAGCUGCUUCAUCGGCUGGAGAGCUGUAGCCCCCCGUACCGAGUCUGCAUUCAUGAGAGAGACUUCGUCCCGGGCAAAUGGAUCAUUGACAACAUCAUCGAGAACAUCGAGAACAGCCGCAAGAUCAUCUUUGUUCUCUCCCACAACUUCGUCAACAGUGAGUGGUGCAAUUAUGAACUGUACUUUGCCCACCAGAGGGCCAUAGGACAUGCACUUGAGGACAUCAUCUUGGUGGUCAAGGAGAAGGUCACUAUGGAAGACCUUCCCAAGAGGUUUCAGAAGCUCAGGAAACUGCUGAGAACCAAAACCUACCUGGAGUGGCCUUUGGAACACACUCGGCAGCAUUUCUUUUGGAUCCAGCUCAAAAGCAUUUUGGGCAAAGUCAGCCCUUCUGUUAUAGACCAAGAGGAUUUGUUGGUGGCCAAUGGAGGUGCUGCUUCGUCGGAUGGUCCUGCAUCUGAAGUAUACCAGGAAGAUGCUGAACUCUACGAAGCACUGAUCCCACAGUGAUAUUACACCUUUGUAUUGAUUAUGGUGCUUUCCUGGGCAUUCGGAAAGAGGGGAUACCACCCUUCAUCUCAAAGCCAACACAAACUGUUGCUAUGAGUUACUGGACUGUGGAACUGGUGCCCAUGUUUAUACAUGACAUUGCCUCCAUAGUUGGGUCAAGUUCCUCCUGCCACUAGGAGGUUCCUAUCUCACUGUGCAGAAGCAAUGGAUCAAGUCUGCUAAUGACAGACCUGUAAGUCUGACCCCCUGCAGUGGGAGACAAGCCUGGGAAUAUUUUAAGAUGGAAUAUUGAUGGGCAUGAACUGGAGAAGUAGUUUUAGAUUGCAAGCUCUAAUAUGCAGGGUUCUCAUCAGUAUUUGUACAGUAUAUAUGAUGUCUGCACCCUUUUAAUGUAGCUCUAUGGAAAUACAUGUUACUUAUUAUAACAAAACCUGUACCAGUGUCUUUGCAUAAAGGGUCAGUUCCUUCCACAUUCUCUUUAUUAGAAGCACAAAAGAAUCUCUUGUUGGGUUGGUGCUGCGGCUCUGACACCCGAGACCCGGUGAAACUGGAAUGUCAGUUGCGCAUGCAGAAUUCAGCUUCCCCCCCCCCCGCAGAGGCAGGAAUGCAGCUCAUGCGUCUAUCAGUAGCUACACUGCUGCGCAUUAGAGACGGCCAUGUGUCUGUCCUACCCCUGAACAAGACAUACGGGCAAAUUCACUAAGCGC